AUGCUCACAACACAACUCUUGUUGGCCGCCCUGAGUGCGACUACCAUCAACGCGCACAUGAAAAUGUCCUUGCCCAUUCCGUAUGGAAAAGAAUCGCUAGACACCUCUCCGCUCGAUUCCCAAGGUGGAAACUUCCCUUGUAAGCUUCGUGGUGACGUCUACGCAGUGACAAAGGAGAAUUUCAUCGAGGCUGGUGUCGCGCAACAGCUUCAUCUCCAGGGCCAGGCCACCCACGGCGGCGGCUCCUGCCAAAUAAGCCUGACUGAAGACCGAGCUCCCUCCAAGUCCACUUCCUGGAAGGUGAUUCAGUCAUUUGAGGGUGGCUGUCCUGCUAAUGUUGCUGGCAACAUCGGCGGCGAUGCCAAUGCCCCGAAUCCCACCCUCUUCAAUUACACUAUUCCCGAUGAUUUUGCUCCUGGAAAGUACACCCUCGCUUGGACUUGGUUCAAUCGCAUUGGCAACCGCGAGAUGUACAUGAACUGUGCACCUGUGACUGUCACGAAGUCUUCUAACAAGCGAUCUACUCCUGUUGUCCAAAAACGAACCGCCAACUAUCCGCCAAUGUUUGUGGCCAACAUCAACGGCUGUAAGACGCUGGAAGGCGUCGACAUUCGCUUUCCUCAGCCCGGGCCGAAUCCCAUUACCUUGAAGAACGACACAAAUCUCAUUGCAGAAGGUGCUCCCGCGUGUUCUGGUAUUCCCACCUUUGCUGGCGCUGGUGUUACUGGCUCUGGCUCUGGCUCUGGCUCUGGCUCUGGCUCUGGCUCUGGCUCUGGCUCUGGCUCUGGCUCUGGCUCUGGCUCUGGCUCUGGCUCUGGCUCUGGCUCUGGCUUUGCGCCUGUCUCCUCCACUGUACCAGGUAGCGCUCCUACCGGAUCUCCUUCUCAGACUAGUAUGCCGGCCCAGAUAUCGACCACGUCGUCAACAGAACCCACUGCUCCUGCCAAUACGAUCGUGCCAGUCGCAAUAAGCACUGUCGGUGUGCCUCGGCCUGCAGCCUCAUCGUCUACUAGUUCAUUCGCCCCUUCCUCCUCUUCUUCGACUGAAGCUGGCGCGUUGACCGGCCCAUGCAGUCCCGAGGGCCUCUGGAACUGUCUUGCUGGUACCUCGUUCCAGCGUUGCGCCAAUGGACAAUGGACCCCAUCUCAGCAGAUGGCAUAUGGUACCCGGUGUACCGCUGGACAAAGCUCAGACCUUUCUAUCAAGGCGGUUAAAGUUGCUCGCGCGGCCUCUGAAAUGCGCAUGCGUAAGCGCCGUGUUGGCCACGCUCGCCAUUACUAA